AAAAGAUUUUCGGAUUGCAAUGGUGAAAAGUUACGCGUUUAUACCAUAUCUUCCAAUUAAAUGUGUAAGCUGAUGUUUAGUUUAAAUCUUCAUUGAAAACGGUAACAUCAUAGUGACGAAACUUAUGCAGAUUGGGAAACGGCUGGAUACUACCAGUUUUGUACAAAACCCAGCCAGUGAACAUCCGAGAGUUUUAAAUCUGCGAAUCCUGAUUGGCAAAUUGCAUAGCUUAUUUUCGCUAUCGCUCACUAAUUAUUUGAUUGCAGAUAAAUCCGAAUGAAAGGUACUACUGUGAGCAAAGGUGACAACAUUCUUAAAAUCGAACCCGGGAGUUCACAGAAAAAGUUGAAAUUGAGGAUCAGAACGAGUUCAGCAGCAAAGAUAAGUUGUAUCAACAUCUGGCAAUUCUUGACGAAACCACAACAUUUGUGAUACAGUACGCGAGAAGACUAACAGCACUGUACUAACAGCUUGGCUGCGAUAAUGACCAAUGCACCUGAAGACCAACCGGCAAGUGCCUCCAAAAAGUAUCAAUGCGACCAAUGUGGCAAGGGGUACUCCAGUGUGACCGGUCGUUAUCGUCAUAAAAAAGUUCAUUCUAAAGAACCGCUGCCAAACAAGUGUGAUAGUUGCAGUAAAACCUUUCUAACCUCAGCUCUGCUUGAUUGUCACAAAACAGUUCACGAAGCGGCAGUUAAUAAGGCGAAAACUUUACCACACAGACAAAAAUGCUCAAUCUGCAACAGAGAAGUGCGAUAUCUAGAGCGUCAUGUACAGACCCACGAGAGUAACAAGACUAAAUGCGAUAUAUGUGGCAAAGUUUUUCCAUUCACAAGAAAUUUAAAACUUCAUAUGUUAUACCACACCGGUGAGCGUCCGUACAAGUGCGAAGUUUGUGGCAAAGGUUAUGUGACAUCGACGCUGCUCAAAAACCAUUUCCGCGUGCACGUCAACGAACAAAUCAAAUGCCAUAUAUGCAAUGAAACAUUCACCCUGUUGAGUAGUUUGAAACGGCACAUGAAGUGUCAUCAGGAGGGGAAAUUCACAUGUGCUAAAUGUGGGGCCAGCUAUAAACUUCAGCAAACCUUGCGAAAACAUGCUGUUUCUUGUUGUGCUACCAGUCGAGCAAAUGUAAAUGAUCCGUUGGAAGAUUCUGCAUUAUUCAUUGAGGACAAACGUGUUUAUAAGUGUAAUAUAUGUGGCAAUGAACUUUCUUCGAUAGGUACUCUUAGGAGACACCAAAUGCUCCAUGAGGGCAGUCACGAUUGUGAUCGCUGCUAUAGAUCAUUUGCUACCGCAAAGUUACUCGAGUACCACCGUCGAAGUCAUGUAAAAAAAAGUUAUAGUUGUGAAUAUUGCGAUAAAAAAUUUGCUAAGCUUAUUUCCAAAAAACGACAUUUUUGUAAUGGUAAGAAUAAACAUAAAUGUAAUGUGUGCGACCAAAUAUUCAUGAGCAAGGUACAGCUGACUUGGCAUGCUAAGAAAAACAACUGCAAGCCUAGCGGUCAGCUAGGCGUUACGGACAUUACUGAUAAGCAGCCAGCUGCAGAACUGGACAAGUUAUGUAAUAAAGAUGUAGCGCGGAUCCCUGACGAGGGAAGAAAUGAAUGCAAUAAAUGUGGCAAAAUAUUUCCUAGAGGGCGAAAUCUAGAACUUCACAUGCGUUCCCACACGGGAGAACGUCCAUUCAAGUGUGACAUUUGCGGGAAAGCUUUCGUAACCAAUACGACCCUUAAAAACCAUUCCCGUUCGCAUACCAAUGAGAAAUUGAAAUGCAAGGAAUGCGAUAAAACGUUUCUUUUUCCGAGCGACCUAAAACGCCAUUUAAUCAGCCACGGCUGGAGAGAAGCCGAUGGUAAUGUCACAAUAGCAUCAACAACAGGUCAACAAGUUACAGUUUCAGAAACGCCAUGUUCUGAUGAGCUAGCAUUAACAUAUGCCAACAAAAAAUACCAAUGUAGUGUGUGUGAUAAACGCUACUCUUCCAGAUGCAAUUACAAUAACCAUUAUCGAAGAGUUCACAUUCGGUGUGAUGCAGAUAGUAUAUUGAAAGCACUAAGAAAUAAAUGCGAUCCGACUGAAUAUCACUACAAGUGUGAUGAGUGUAAUAUAUUUUUUGCCAUAUUAGUGCAGUUGAAAUAUCAUUCCCGUGUGCACACAAAAAAACUCUUCAAAUGUGGUAACUGUGAUAUGAGGUUUCUGAAACUCUCCAAAAAGAAGAGACACUUAUUGAUACAUCAGAAAAAGCGGCACAGUUGUAACGCCUGCGGUAGGACAUUCACGAACAUUGCACAACUCACAUGGCACUGCAGAAAGAACAAUUGCGAUGAGACCAAUGAUCAACUACAUAUUGAGAUCAAAUGUGAAGAACCAACAAUAGAAUUUCCUAAUGAAACGGGACAACCUGCACCUUCCGAAAAAAAGUUCAAAUGUGACCAAUGUGGUAAGGAGUAUUCUUUCGCGAGCAGCCUCUACCAACAUCGAAAAACUCAUAAUAUCGAAUCGGUUUACAAGUGUAGCAUUUGCUACAAGACGGUCGCAAAUGCAGCGUUACUGGACUUACACUUUCGAAGCCAUACGGAACUAUCGUGUGGUGUCUGUGGGAAAGAAUUCAAAACCAAAGAUGAAUUAAAGCAACAUAUGACAGUCCAUCCGGAGACGGCUUCCAUCAGCAAUCCAAAGUUGCACAAAUAUGUUUUAAAAAAAAGUACCAAAAGGUAUUACGGUAUUCGGAGCGACGAGGGGAAACUACCAAAAGCUAAAUGUUUAAUCUGUAACAAAGAAGUGAAUUUUCCAGAGCAGCACGCACGGGCUCACGAGAAUGACUCAAACCGGUGCAAACAGUGUGGUAAGGUUUUUCCCUUCCAAAGGAACCUCAAACUUCACAUGUUGUCUCACACCGGUGAACGACCGCACAAGUGUGAAAUUUGCGGUAAAGCUUAUGUCACAUCAACGUUACUCAAAUAUCACUUCCGACUGCAUACAAACGAACUGUUCAAGUGUGAUAAAUGUGAAAAAACAUUCACCCUUUCUAACCUCUACAAACGCCACCUGAAAAGUCAUCAGCAAGGAAUGUACACAUGCGAUAAAUGCGGCAUUAGGUUUAAACGGAAACGACCUCUGCAAAAACAUACCAUUCGAUGCCCCGGGCAUCAGAAGAAACCUAAAUGUAACGAUUGCGGCCAGACAUUCAUGAAUUUUGCACAACUUAUGUGGCACGCGGGGAAAAACAACAUGUGUAACAUUAACGGUACGCCACACCUCGACUUGAAAACUUAUGAGCAAACAACUGCAAGUGCUCGGGAAACCAUCAAAUCUGCAGUUAGCGAUUCCAACUCUAAUGGCAGCGUUGCUUCAGAAGAUGAGAACAGACCCGCCGUGCUCGACUAUCACCUAGUAAGCCAUACAGCAAACAAAUGCGGUGUAUGUGGAAAGGACUUUGAAACACCCGGUGAAUUAACACAACACAUGACGCUUCAUCAUCCGAACACGGCUCUUAUUAACAAGCAUUGCAAUCAAUGCGGUAAGGUAUUUUCUAGACAAAGUUAUCUUAAAAUCCACAUGCUUUGUCACACCGGGGAUCGUCCACACAAAUGUGAAGUUUGCGGUCAGGCUUUUGUAACGAAAACGAUGCUAAAAUAUCACUUUCGUGUACAUACUAACGAGCAGUUUAAGUGUGCAAAAUGCGACAAAACAUUCAUUCUUCCGACAGUUUAUAAACGCCACCUAAAAAUCCAUGAUCGGACGCCCCAAAACAACGUUUGUUAUAUAUGCAACAAAAGCGUCAAGAACCCACAACGGCACGCACGGUUUCAUGCGAAUCAGCAAAGAACAUGCGCACAGUGUGGAAAAUCAUUCGCUAACGCACAAAAUUACCGACUGCAUUGUCUCACUCACAAAAAGGAACGUCCGUACAAGUGCGAAAUCUGUGGUCAAUCUUUUGUAACAAAUACAUUACUGAAGGACCAUUUUCGUUUGCACACCGGCGAUCUCUUCGAAUGCGGUCAUUGUGACAAGAAAUACAAUGUCGCGAGAAACUUAAGACGUCAUCUAGAGAGUCACGAAAAGCAAACAUCCAAACUAAACAAGAAGCCAAAUCCCAAUUCAACGAACCAGCAAUGAAAACAACAGGCCAAAAUGUUCUGCAGAAUCCGAUAACUGUUGAAAAUUUUCCCGAAAGUAGUAGUUAAGCUAGAGUACGCGAAGCACCUUAACCAAACUAUUGUACAUAUGAGUUUAAAAUAUAUAAAGUUCAGGAAACUUUUACUAAACCUUCAUAAGAUUCUGGAAAACUUUGCUGGUGUGCAGUUAUUUGUACAGCCGAAUAAUAAGGUAAUACUCGAACGUAUGUAAGUUGUUAGGUCAUCAUUUCUUAAGUUCUAAAUAUCAUUGUCAACUACAGUUUCUGCAUUAGA